CUCAAGACCACAGUGAGCAAAAACCUACGACGCACAAACAGCGAAGAGGAGCAGCCUUCAUCUCCUGCCAGCACGAGACAUUUCAUAUGCAUUGUAUUUGUGAGUUUGCUUGAUGUCGGCGCCCUCGGGUGGGGGGGGUCUGCACGAUCAAAACCCAAUAACGACAGUGGAGACCUUCAACUAGCACCCACAUCUCUGUCCCCCCUCAUGUUCCUGCAGAGCACAGACUAGCUCAUUCUAAGAACACUGUUGCAGAGCUGAAAGGAAGAUACUUGUUUCCAACAUGGAGGGCGUAGCAGUGGACAACCUGAUAGACUUUGACUUCCCCUCCGAGGACACAGCUCUCAGCAUAGAUGGAGGCCAACACCACGGCCAUACGGACAUUUUCUCCCCUGAGCAGGCGCCCUCUAUGGGAGUCCACCAGCAGCCUUUACUGCCAGAGCCCAUGGCACCAACCAAGCCCAGCUCUCACCACCACCACCACCACCACCAAGAGGAAGGAGACAACGACAGCGAUGCUACAGAGUCGGCAGACAGCGAGAACGACAUGGACCCGCCCUCUCAUAUGUGGGAGCUGAGGAGGUCGUCAUCUUCGUCGGCUCACAGUGGAGAGGAUGCCGACAGCGAGACGGUGGAGAGGAGGCAGUUCAUGAAGGCUUAUGUGGAGAAGGUGUUUCAUGGAAAGGAGGACUUUGACCAGGAAGAGAAGGCUCGUUUUGGAGAGCUGUGCAGCGGAGAGAACGGAAAAGGCAGGGAGUGGUUUGCCAAAUACGUCAGCGCACAGCGCUGCCACUCUAAAUGUGUGAGUGAAGCCACUUUCUACAGACUAGUGCAGUCUUUUGCAGUGGUUCUGUUCGAAUGUUACCAGAUGGAUGACUACAGCCCAGCCAAGAACCUCAUGACUAUGUGCUUCACAUACUACUACAGUGGGAAGUCCCAGCCGUCUCCCUCCGAGCUGCUGGAUCGCGGCGGUCCUCCAGCUGGUCUGGACUCUUACAUCAACAAGGCCAACUCCUGGCUGUCCGUGAAGAAGGAUGCCGCUGAGCGCCUCCUCAAAACCACAUCCAAGACUGACGUCAAAGGCUUCUUAGGAGGCCUAGAGAGCAAGCUGAGGGGCUCGAUGGCUCCCAAGGCUGAGGAUGGGGAAAGCCCAGUUGAGUCAAAAACCAAGUCACCAGUGUCUGAGGCUCUUGAGGAAAAGAAAGGAGAGAAGGUGUACCUGUACACCCACCUCAAGCAGCAGCCCAUCUGGCACACACUGAGAUUCUGGAACGCUGCAUUUUUUGAUGCGGUCCAUUGUGAGAGGAAGAAGAGAUCACCAACCACAAGGGAGAAGUGGUGUCACAUGACGCAGGAGGAGAGGGACGACAGCUCCAAAAUCGAUGAGAAUAUCGCCUUCGGCCAGCUGGGGACAUUCACUCAUAACAUGCUGGCGUUUGGGCUCAGUAAGAAGCUCUGCAAUGACUUCCUGAAGAAGCAGGCAGUCAUCGGGAACCUGAAUGAAGAACAGUACAAGUUGCUGAGUGACCACAUAGAGAAAAUGGCGGCAGAGUGAGUUGGCGACAACGUGCUGCAUCUCAAAGUGUCCACAUAACAGACUGACAGCACACACAUCAGCUAUUUCUUUGCAAAUCAACACCACCAUGACCGACUCUCCGUUUGACUGUUGUUGCAUUUGUGUUGUGCACUGCUGAGAAAAAAAACAUAACUGACUGUACUGAACUGUGCAAUAGUUGUAGCAAACCCUGUUUAUCCGACGUUGUAGUGCUCCUGUGAACCCGUCCUGUAUCAGCAAUGAUACAACAACAUCGGCUGGCGCACACCUUAGUAUCUGUGACGCCUCCAUCUGUGAGCUGUGUGACAGACACUAGAAGCAUAAAGUGAAAGCAUCCAGUAUAAAACCGCCUCAGUAUGGUGUCACACGAUAAACACAUUAUGUGUACAUUGUAUAUCCUCGAUGCUGUUUUGUUUGGUGUUUGUAACCACAUUUAUUACAUGUUAGUGUGACACGUGUAUCAGCGUCUGGUGAAACACUGUUCUAAGUAUCGUACAUUUUCCAUAAAUGUCUGCAUACAGUUGUAACCAGACUCGGUUAUAAUCAAACAUGAGAACUCAUAGUGUAAUGUGUAAUCUGUUCUGGUGGUAUCCAGUCCGUUUUCAGUCACAAAGUUAUUUACUGAAUACUUGUCUGUGCUUUUUGUUACACUGUAGUAUCCUAUUUGGCAAUACAAUGAAAAACUACAGCUUUGACAUAUGUUUCCUAUAACGUCAUCGCUGGCAUUUAAACAGGCGGAAACAAUAUCUAACAAGGAAGCUACAGUGAGGAUACAAUUAGCUUAGCUUAGCUUAGCAUAGAGCCUGGAAACAGGGGGACAGUGCUGGAUUGGCUCCACCCAAAAGGUCCCAAAAUCUGCUUCCCAGUACCUCUGUGUUAAUUGGUGACCUUCAGAGGUGCUGGGAGGCAUGGAUGGACAAGGUAACCGGCCUACAGUUCACAGGCCUAGGGGCCCUUGGUGUCAGGGGCCCUCACCUACAAACUGUCAAUCAAAGACCAAGUAGAGACUCAAAAUUACCACAAAGAAACCAAACAACUGCAAAGAGGAUACAAAACAGCUGCAAGAGACCUCAAAGAUACUGACAAUAACUAUGAAAGAGGUGAAACAACCACAAGUACACACAAAAUGACUUAAAUGAUGGGAAAAACAACUACGAACCACAAAAUAUUAUAACAAAAAGACCAAAACAAUUACCAAGUGGAACUACAAAGAGACACAAAAUGACCACUGAGAGACAAACAACAACAACAACAACAACAAACAUAGGCUUAACAGCCAUAAAGUCUGUGUGUGUAGCUCCUAUGUAGUGGUGGGGUGUUUGGCAUGUCUGUGCCCAGGGGCCCAUGUCUCAUAAUCCACCCAUGCUGGUAGGCAGACAUUCUACCUCUGGUGGGCUAACAGGUUUCUCCUGCUUCCAGUCUUCUUGUAGGAUAAGACAGUGGUCUCAAUCUCCCCGUUCUCUCAACAAGAGCCAAAAGCAGCAAAGUCUUCCUCUUCAUUUCUUACUCAUACCUAUUUCAAUCAUGUUAACUCUGGCACACAUUUACAAUCUAGCUGUAUUUAUUUUAUGUUUUUUAAUCAGACACUUGAUAAUACCCUCGGGAACAUUAGAGACUAUCCAAAGUGCCUUCCACGAAAGUUAAUGUCUUGAUCCUCUGAUGCUGUAGCUCUCUAUUGGCCAACUAAACACUAAUGCAGAGCCUGCAAAUAACCCUCUUACUCAUUCCCUGCUAGAUGAGAAAAAUAACUUUGGCAUGCAAAUGCAAUUCAUCGGACUGCUAUCUGUGUUUUCAGUGACCUGAGUAGUGGUAGAUUAUUUUCCUUCAGUGGAGCUGUAAUGUCAGAUGCAUAGCUCAGCACGUUGGCUGGAUGACAGCCCUGGCUCUGCAUACACAUUUGUUCCUAUCCCUAUGCUUCUGUAUAUAUCUAUCUAGCAUGUACAAACUGCAUCGAGCAAAUGUAAAAUGAGUGGCUGAACUGUGAAGUUUGCUCAUUGUAUUACUUCAUCCUACCACUGCGGGGUAGCAUUGUGUCUCGAUUCAAAGCACUUCUCAAGGAGAGAUUCCUGAACUCAAACCGUUCUGCUUAGCUUUUAGCCUUGAGAAUAGAUCAAUGUGUGUUUGUAUAUCUGAAUGAUAGGAUGAUGCACCUUCUGGCAGGUUGAUUCCCAUUUCAGAUCAAUAAUCAGUUUUAAUCUCUCCAAUGAAGUUUUUUCGUAAAUACUGUACAUAAUCCUCUGUGUUGUAAGAAGUGAUAAUGUGCUGCUGCUUGUAAAUUGUAUGUCUAUAAUUGUAAAUGUAUAGAUGUAAUUGUGAACUAUGUGUCCAUAAGGAACAUAAAUGUCUGACUGUCCCUUUAGACCCUGAAGUGCCCCAUUCAUCCAACCGCUGUAUUCGCAUAUAGUUUUGUGCAAUAAUCUCCAAUGUAACUGUAAAUCAUUUGUAGACAGCUGAGUGACAAAAUUCUGAGCUCCAUGCAUUAUAGUCAAACAAAUGAUCUAAAUCAUAUAGCAUCAUCGCUUUACUCUGUUUUUACUGACUUUUAAUUCUCUCCGGUGACCCGCUGCUGUAAGCCUUUGAAACCAAACACCCUUGAUUCCCUCACAUUGUUUUUCCUGAUGUGACCUUUGACACGUUGUGUACCCUUCUGGCUUGGUUGAACUAUUGAUCUGUAUAUUGUACUUGUUAGCUCAGUAUGAGCCAAUUGCACUACAUUUAGUCUCAACAUCUCCACACUCUGAUCUUCUGAAUAUUGUUACAGUGAUGCCUUUUCUAUUUGUUGUGCAUGAGCGCUGCAUGCUCUCUGUCUCCAGCAUAUCUGUUGUUAAAUGAUGAAAAGGUUAUUUUUUAUCGUGUUGACUUUGUCUCAAUUUUGACCAAGUGAAAUUUGUCAUUAAAGUAGUACAGUAAAUUUUUAUGGGAUUGCACUUUUGAUGAAUGAUGUGAUGAUGACAAUGUGGUCUCCAAAUCCAUGUGUCCCCAGUGGCUGGUUAGUUUUGGGUAUCCAUGAUGACAUUUCAGCUAACACUGCAUUGAGUGAUAGCAGUUCUGGAGCUUUCUAUUCAUAAUCGUUUGAUUACUACUGACUCUCAUCAGUCUCACUUUCUGCGGAAAACCAGAAGAGGAACAAACUUCCUGUACGGAGCUGCCAUUGACUGAAAAUCAACUGAGAUUAGCUACCUAUCUUUUAGCUCCAGAACCGGAGGCGUGUCUAAAGGAGUGGCAUGCUGUGAGGUGUCUCGUGUUGGAGAUAUCAGCAGUAGAGAUGUCUGCCUUCUCUCCAACAUAAUGGGACUCUGUGGCUACCCGAGAACCAAAAAUUAUAUUUUGAAUAAAUCAACAGCAAUGUCUCUUUCCAGAAAUCAUGAGCCGGUUACUCAAGAUAAGAGUAACCGGCAGAGUUUGGUGUGAUCAGCUUCAUGUAGGAACUGUACAUGAAUACAAAUGUAUUUUUGAUUUUGGGGUGAACUGUCCCUUCAAACCUGUGUACUAUAACGUUAGCUAGCAUGGAGACCAUGAUGGACUGGGAGCAAACUCAGCUGACUGAUAAAACCUGGGGGAUCUUAAAAGACUGCUCCUGUGUUAUCUGCUGUACGUACCUGUGAACAUGUGUCGAAUCCAGAUGUUUGCUUUUUUUAUUGUGCUAUGCUUACAUUUGCCUGGACAUGUCAUAAUGUUGAUUCAAGUUGCUGAUACUGUAAUAAAUUUAUUUUUUGAUGUUU